GAUUCUAGAGAGAAGGAGGACGCUCUCUCUCUAACUCAAAAAGCCCUCAAGGCACAAAGUGAGGACUGCUCCGGGACCCUACCCGGCAACGCCCCUGGCUCAGCAGAUGACGCCGGGAAAAAAACCCCAGAUAAACCCCAGCCAACCCAUCUUCAAACCACAACCUCCACUACCAAACUUAUCCAUCCAUCCGUUAAGUCUUUUAAAGAGGUCACCUCCAUGAAUUGUACCGGUGAUGCAGAAAUCUCGCUCAUGGAAAUGAUGCCAUUUCCUACUUGUAAUCUGCCGUUUGCGACUGAAUGCAAAGACCUUCAAGAGGGUUUGGAAAUAUUUAUUCCUAUUUCAGAGGAUGAGUACAAAUCGCUUGCCCAACCUUGGGAGGCGGCCAUUAUUUGCAAAGUGGUGGGGAGGUCUUUCUCCAAGGAAUUCCUCCGAAAGGAGCUCCAAAAAAUGUGGGAAUGGAAGGGUAAUCUAGAAAUGACAACCCUAGGGAAGGGUUUCUACAGCAUUCAAUGCCCAAGCCAUGAAAGGAAGUCGGAAAUCCUUAUAGGAGGGCCUUGGGAUUUGCUUGGCAGCCAUGUGUGGGUGCAAAGUUGGAAACCUGGUUUCAAACCAUCGACGGCCCAGUGUACGGAAUACCCUAGAUGGGUAGCUAUGCCGGAAUUGCCCAUAGAAUUCUAUAGUAAAAGCAUACUUGAAAAAAUUGGUAAUAGCUUAGGUAAGCUAUUAAAAAUUGAUGUUCACUCGUUAACAGGGGAGAAAAAGAGAUAUGCUGCCAUGUGUGUACUUAUGGAGAAGGCGAAACCCCUGCCAACGGGUGCAUGGAUUGGGAAAAAUUUCCAGCAGCUUGUGUUCUGUGAGGGGCCAGGUUACUGUGACGUAUGUCAAAAUUAUGGCCACCAAGCAAGGCAUUGUGGGCAAUCUAAAAACUUCAUAAAUGCGCCUGAGCAAAGGAAUGUAACCCAGAAAAUUUGAUGGGGAAAACGACAGGGAAGAAGGUCAAUGGGCGGAAGUCAACAGGAGAGGAGGAAAAAACAAUUUCGGGCUGGGACCCAGGAAAGAUAUGACCCAAUUGAAAAGGUGGACUCCAAAAAAGUCCACGGAAAAAGUGGGUAUAAAAGAAAACACAAAAAAGCCGGAAGAUAAAAAUGUAGAGAGAGAAAAGGAAGCCCCUAAUGUCAUAGAAAAAGGGGAAAGCAGCUGCACCAUAUCUAAUUCUUUCAUAUCCUUGCAGGAAUUGGGAGAUUUAGAGGAGUAAUCUCUGAGCACACUCAAACCAAAGUUCCCCAGGAAGUGAAAGGUGGCAAACCUACUCAACCUAUCUCACCCAAACCAUCCCAUCAAUCUCCUAGAAGCCUCCAUAAAACACCCCAGGGAAAAUCAUGUUCCCUCUCCCCAAACAAAAACUUUCAAAAUUUCACCACAAAAAAACCAACACCCCAAAAGAAUGGAGGUCCCAGUGGAGAUUUUUCCCACCUCGCCUCCGCCUCUCUCCCCACCAAACUCACCACCAUCUCCACCGUCUCCGCCAAAAAUCUUGGCGAUCAGAUACGACCAUCCUGUCCACUACAAUCGACCAGUCAGACCGGUGAUGGCCGAAUUCAACCUGGGUUACGCGGAUUAUCUAAUUCCGGAGGGGGAGGAGGGAUACUUCACCGACCUAACAUGGAAGGAAGUGAAGGAAAUAAUGAUCAACCCCUUCCCGAAGCCGGAGAUAUUUCAAAACAUGAUACUGUAUGUGAACUCCGACAUAGCACCGAUCCAUGUACCGCAAUUCCACGAUGCGUGUCACCUCCCGAAAAAGAUGAAAGUAUUCCUCAAGUGGCUCCUAGAGAGAGAGGGAGGAGUAGAGAAAGAAGAGAGAGAUUUAUUUCAAAACAUGGGGCAGUGGCUAGACCCAGCGCCACUUCUUCCCCCUACUCGCACCAUGGUCAUGGUGAUGAACCGUCAGGUGAGACUUCAGGCUAUGAGCAAUACAGAUGCUGUACUCUUAGCCCGACUCCGACGACCUAUGAGGCAGAUGGAGAUGUGUGUCAACUGGGUCGAGGCAAGAGGACUCGAGUUCCCGCGCGAAGCCGAGGUGUAUCUUAUACCUCUCUUUCAAAAAUGGAUAAAUGUGGCAAAGAAAAAGGAGGUGAUGUUGUGGGAACCGGGAAACGAAGUGCUGCGUGCAAAGUAUCUCAAAAAUCCUCUUCUUCCAAAUAAUAUGACAAUUUUGUUCUGGAAUGUACGAGGUAUGGGGAGACCAUCUUUCAAGCCCAAUCUUCGGCUUUUAAUUAACCAACAUCACCCGAGUAUUAUCAUUCUUGUGGAAACCCGUGUUCCUAAACACACUACCGAAACUAUUAUCCAAAAUCUGGGGUUCGAUUCCUGGCACAUUGUUGAGCCGAGAGGUUUUGCGGGAGGCAUUGUUCUUCUAUGGCAUGCGAAUGACAUCAAAUUCCAGGUCAUGGGGGAGAGUGCUCAAGGGGUCCACGGUGUAGUCGAGGGAAUUGCGCAGGAAAUUUGACAAUUUGAUGGUGCGCUACUGUAGCCGGAACUACAACAAAAUUGCAGAUAUGAUGGCAAAGGAGUGCGGUAGGAAUGAAGACCCAGAAAUUUGUAAUAGAGUACCUAGGAUUUUGCAUAUCCCACCUACUUACUGUAUGGAUAUUUAUAUAGCGGAAUGUAUGAGUGUUGUAGGGAGAAAUUGCUCACUUGAGCUGUAUGAUACUUUAAACUAAUUUAAUGCACUACCCUUUUUCACCAAA